ACCGAAGCAUCGCCUGUGGACAGUACUUUUCUGGAAGAGAUAAGUAAUGCUAACAUAACUACAAGCGGCAGCAAUAGCCAUAGCAUCACGCUAAGUCCCGUCGUCUACUUACUGAUUAAUUUGAGCAACACAGAGAAUGAGCUGCUGGAGAGGUACCUGCGCGAGAAGAAUUACGCUUCUCUCAAAGAACUGAUCGAUCAGAAGAAAGCCGAAUUCCUCCAAAUCAGCAACAAGCCAAUAGGAAGCAGUGCAGCAAAGGAAGCUGCAGAAGACUUCGAGACUGAUGCCUUCCUUGAAACGCCGUCUGUGCCACUGAAUUUCACUCAAGAGCAAUUCGAAUAUGCCCAAGCGUACCACGUAAAAAGUAAUCAAAUUUUCAGCAAAAGCAGUGAAAAAUAUGAAUGUUAUGCGAAUGAGCCGACAUGUGUUCGGGCGUUGCUGGACCGAUGCAACGUCGAUGAGCUGCAGGAGCUGCAGCGAGCCAGUGAUGACGAUGAUCUCAUAAUGAUUACUGAUUUAAUCAAGGAUAAACUGGACGAUGAUCCGGACCUGUACAUAGAGUAUGAUAAAUGGACAAAUGCAAACGACGUGCCCGAAGCCCUCAAGGAAAUCACGCGUGGCCUUAGUCAGGCACAAAGAAGGGCUAUGGAAAAAUUAAGAAGGCUUAAGCUAACUGACAAAAUCAAGGACUUUUAUCGGGAAAAUAUCGAGAAAGCAAGUAGUCCAAAGCAAGAGCAAAUUGAAAUGUUUUUCCGGAGAAUGAACAAGACUUUUGCAAGAUGCUAUAAUCCGAUUAUCAAAAAAGAAAACGACUGGCGCGACUUUCGGUAA